CUGCUGUGCUCCGCUUAACUCACUCCGUAUCUGUGCGCGUUUGGAGCGCGCGCGCACCAGGUAAACUAAAGGCACGAGCGGCGCUGCUUUACUGUGUUAAGUGCUGGGCUCGCGCUCGCUUACCUGCGGUGUGUUGGAUUAUUAUGAGCGUGGAGUGAGAUCCGGGACUUUUCUGCACUUUGGAGGACGAUGCGCGCGAGGCUGCAGCACACACGCGCUGUCCAGGUGGAAUGGUGAGGGUUUGGGUGAUGAAUUGAGAGUGAGGGCAUGUCUCUGUAUCUGCUUCUGAUGUUCCUAACACUGGCCUCACACACACAGGUGUCCUCGGCUCUGAAGGAUCUGAUGAAACAAUGGGAGACUUACAGGAACGAGUGCAUUCAGAACUUCAGGAACUCUCCACCCCCUGCAGGUGUGGUGUGUAACCGGACGUUUGAUAAUUACGCCUGCUGGUCUGAUGGAUCUGCUGGUUCUGUUGUUAACGUCUCGUGUCCGUGGUAUCUGCCCUGGCAUCGGAAAGUUCGGUAUGGUCAGGUGUAUCGAGUGUGUGGUGCAGACGGUCGGUGGUCGGACAGUAAAAACACCACUGAGUGUGACUCGAAUAAUCCUGGAAUGAAGGAGUACGGGCAGAUUCUCAGCAGGUUCAGGGUGAUGUACACAGUGGGGUAUUCUCUCUCUCUGGCAUCUCUGAUCCUCGCAUUCUCCAUACUGGCAGCUUUCAGGAAGUUGCACUGUAUGAGGAAUAAUAUCCAUAUGAACCUGUUCGCCUCCUUUAUCCUCCGCGCCGCGUCCAUCCUGAUUAAAGACGUUCUGAUGGACACGAUUAACUCCGCCCAGUCCGGACUCUACACCUAUCCAGAACUGGGUCAGAACUGGGUCAACCUCGAGAUGGUGGCGGGGUGUCGGGUGGCGGUGGUGAUGAUGCAGUACAGUGUUAUAGCGAAUAAUUACUGGCUGCUGGUGGAGGGGCUAUACCUGCACAGCCUGCUGUCCAUCACCGUCUUCUCCGAGAGGAACUACUUCUACAUCUACCUCGCCAUCGGCUGGGGAGCUCCAGUUAUAUUUGUGUUGCCGUGGGUAACAGUGAAAUACCUGUACGAAAAUGUGCUGUGCUGGGAGAGGAACGUCAACAUGGGCUACUGGUGGAUAAUCCGCUCGCCCAUUCUGAUCGCUUAUCUGAUUAAUUUCUUCAUAUUUAUAAGAAUAUUAAAGAUCCUGAUGUCCAAACUGAAGGCUCAUCAGAUGAGGUACACCGACUAUAAGUUCAGACUGGCUAGGUCCACUCUCACUCUCAUCCCUCUGCUGGGGAUUCAUGCCAUCCUCUUCACCUUCGUCAUCGAUGAGGUCUCUAAUGAGUCUCUGCUUCGGAUCAUCCGGCUCUUCUACGAUCUGCUCUUCAGCUCCUUUCAGGGGCUGCUGGUGGCUAUUCUGUACUGCUUUGUCAAUAAAGAGGUCCAGCAUGAGAUGUUGAAGCGUUGGAGGAGGUGGAAGCUCGGGAAGGACAUUGAGGAGGAGUACCGACACACCCACAGCCAAACUCCACAUGCCAAAAGCAGCACAGCCAUGGCUUUACCUCCGGAUCGCUCGGAAACUCCUGAGCCUCAGAAAUCGGCUCCACCAUCCGAGGAGAGCAGGCAGCUGGUGAUCAGCUGCCACCGGAACGGGACGAGCGUGGACCAAGUAAGAGUGAACUUGGUCUCCGAGAAACACGAGGGAGCCAGCAAAUGCAGCUCUCUGACGGAGGACAUCUGUGUGGAGGAACGUCUUCACGGCAUGGACUGUCCAAAUGGGGUAGAUGAGUGCAAUGUUUGAGGGGACUUGAGGGGACCUCCAACCCCUUCUUUGAGAGAUAGAUUCAUAAGGCAUUCCGGGGACCAUUUAGUCCAAAUAUGUGGAAGGAUGAAAAGAAAAGAAGGAUGGACAAAGGUGGAAUCUUGUUUGAGAUACAAUUUUGGAGGAUUUCUGCAAGAUUUUAGGGCUGGAAAUAGGAAAGCAAGAGUGGAUUGACUUCUCAACCAUUGAUGCCACCAUGCUUUCAGGCAAGGUUGGGCUUCAGCAUACCAUGGGUACCAUUCUGUAGAGUGGACCAGACAAAUUUCUACAAAAUUUAAAAACAGGAAAGGUCAUGGCAAACCAUUGAGAGCCAUUCCAAACCAUAAAACAAAACCAUAAGUUCAACCAUAAGACCUAAUUUGCAGCAGAUUGAAGACUCUUUAACCCAGAAAUAGAGUCUAAUCAGAGAAUAACAAACAGUGUUAACAGAUUUCAGCCUAAGAUAUCCACUCUUUCACCAUGAUGGUCAGUUUGGCACCAGAGGGGGUCACCCAAGAGAGGUAAAUCUCAAAUCCUGGGAUUGCCAAGACUUUAAGGGAACUAGGACCGCCAACCUCCGUUCAUGGCUUCUUUGGACCAUACAUUCAAUGUUUGAGAAGGUACAAAGGAAUCGCAGGGUCUGGGAGUUCAAAUACAGUGGUGUUAAAAAGUUACUGCAUCAAAGUAUGCAACCAAGAGAGGUAAAUCUCAAAUCCUGAAAUCGUCUAGACUCCUCUAGGGCUACAAGUCUCUAAGGAAACUAGGUCCUCCAACUUUCUUUCAUGGCUUCCAAGACCCAUGCAUUCCACUUUUGACAGAGUCCCAAGGAAUUGCAGCGUCUGGGAGUUCAAAUACAGUGAUGGUAAGGAGGUACUGUAUUAGGGGGGCAACCAAGAGAGGUAAAUCUCAAGUCCUGGGAUCAUCAAGACUCCUUGAGGGCUACAAGUCUCGAAGGGAACUAGUGCCUCCAUCUUUCUUUCAUGGCUUCCUGGGACCAUGCAUUCUACAUUUGAGGAGGUGCAAAGGAAUUGCAGGGUCUGAGAGUUCAAAUACAGUGGUGGUAAGAAGUUCUGCAUCAGGGGGGAUUCCUAAAAGAGGUAAAUCUCAAAUUUUGGCAUCGUCUAGACUCCUCUAGGGCUACAAGUCUUUAAGGGAACCAGGACCUCCAACUUUCCUUCAUUGCUUCUUUGGACCAUGCAUUCCACUUUUGAGGUGGUCCAAAGGAAUCGCAGGGUCUUGGAGUUCAAAAGCAUUUGUGGUAAGAAGGUACUACAUCAGAGAGAAUUCCCAAUGGAGGUAAAUCUCAAGUCCUUGGAUCAUCAAGACUCCUCUAGAGCUACAAGUCUCUAGGACCUCCAACUUUCUUUAAUGGCUUCCUGGGACUAUGACGGUAAAAAGGUACUGCAUCAAAGUGGGCACCCAAAAGAGGUAAAUCUCAAAUUCUGGGAUCGUCUAGACUCUUCUGGGUGGAGAACUGCUAAAGAAGUCUACAAGGGACCAAGGACCCCUGACCCCAUCCUUUGUAAGCCUAUAAAUGGCUUCCUGGGACCAUGCAUUCCAAAUUCAAGAAGUUCCAAAGGAACUGUAGGGUCUGUGAGUUCAACCAAGCUCAAAUCCUUCUUGCUCAGAUCUUGGGAUACGAUAAGAUAGUGGUGCUGUGGAUCUUAAGAGAACUUUGAAACUGUGAGAACAAGAGAACAUUCUUAUGAACUAUUUGUGGACGUGCCUACAACCCAACCAAACGAUUGGUUGGUGAACCAUGUGAUUCUGUUGCGUUUACAACCAAAAGAGCUGCACUUUCCUGGUAGAUAUUUAGUGUUUUAUUUGCCCUCAUUGGUCGACAUAGUUACUGUGAAUGAGACACCAGAAAAAAAAAAAACGUCUUGGGAAAAGUUCGGCAAUUUGAUUUGAUACGAUUUCAGGAUGUUGACCUGCAAAUAUGAUCAAAACAUUAAAAAAACAAAGAUAAAGGCAUUGGUAUUGUUUAAAUUUCCAAUACCUACUGCUAUUUACAACUGGCCAAAUUAAUUUCACCAGGAGAAGAAAAUGAACCAGAGUCCGAUUUAGUCAGAUUGAACAAUGUAUGUGUCAAAAUGUCUCUAAAAAAAAAGAAUAAAAAAUAAAAUAGGGCAAAAUAAAAUAAAAUAUAAGACAGUUAGGAUACAAAGAUCACAGAUCAUCCAGUGUUUUCAGAUCGUCAGUAUUUGUGGUGAGUUUCUCCAGUUGGAAAAGCCCAUGUUGACAUUUUUAUCCAACAUUUUCAUAAAAACUUUGUGAAUCUCUCGAGACUUUUUAUGCAUUCCCAUAUCCCCAUAUCCCAUAAAAUGCUUCUUUUUUUUACUUUGUUAGAAGGAUUCAUAAUGCCAUCAUUAUGUGAUAACACCAAUUAAACCAACUGGCAUUAAACAAGGUUUAAAAUUUUUAUCACAAUAGUAAUCAUGAAGUUGAGACCCAAAAUUUAGCCCUCAUAACGAGACGUAAAGUGGUUUCUUACUUCAGAUCCGUACUGUGUUUAUCUUAGCUGAUGAACACACUUCAAAAAUGUCCCGUACGUAUUUGUUUCCCAGCGUUCCUCUCUUUGCUUUUCCUGACUGUAGCAGAAAGUACAGAGAGACUAAGCUCUGUCUGAUGUACGAAAAGAAAAGUAAAACUUUCAGCCCCAAGCAUGUAGCUUGUUGUAACACUGUAAACACUAGCUAGUCUUUAGUGCGGUUAGUGGCUUAUGCUAAUGAUGUUUCAGUAGUGCUAGCCAGGGUUAGCAGCAGGCUACAGGCUGAUAAAAAUCACCUCUGAACGGUGAAAGAGCUAGCGCUUAGCACAGUAAGCAGCUAAUGCUAAUACUGCUAAUGCUGCUCCAGCCUUGCUGCUGGAGAAACUUCACUGAAACUCCUGUAUAACUCUGUACUUUAGUGGAGUGACUUUACUGCUCCUUAAUACCGGACUGAUAGAAUUUAGAUUAUAAGACACUUCGCAUUAUAAGGUUCACUGACACUUUUUUGGGGAAAAUUAAAGGAUUUUAAGUGCACCUUAUCGAGCGAAAAAUACGGUAUAUGGAGCUCCCAACAAAUAAGAUUGUACCCUGAUCAGAAAAUGUCUCUAUUUCUCCUGUAUAAGUCCUAGACUUGUUAGAAGCAUACUUAUUGCCCUAAA